CCUCCAAUACCCGCACGCACUGCCUAACUAAAAGCUUUCAUUUUGAUUUUUGUUAUCACCAUUCUCAUGAUUGCUCCGCGCCGCACACAAUAAAGCACCCUUCAAAUUCCUAGAAAAUUAUUUUGUUUUCCGGGAAAAUUUGAGACUGAAGUUUCUUUCCCCUCUCUAAUCAGAUUCCCCACUCUUCGAUUUUCAGGGAUUUCCGGCGAAACUCUAGGGUUUCAGUACGUAUCAGAUCUCUCGUUUCACUUCAGCUCAUUUGACAUGGAUUCUACAACACAAACUAUCAACCAGCGGUUGACAUCAAUCAAAUUGUGGCCUCCAAGCAAGAGUACCAGGCUACUGCUUGUAGAAAGAAUGACCAAGAAUCUUAUUACUCCAUCCAUUUUCUCUAGAAAGUAUGGCCUGGUCAGUAAAGAAGAGGCCGAGGAGGAUGCCAAGCAAAUAGAGGAUAUUGCUUUUGCAACUGCAAACCAGCAUUUUGAGAAGGAAUCAGACAGUGAUGGAGGUUCAGCAGUGCAAAUAUAUGCCAAAGAAUCCAGUAGGCUUAUGCUGGAAGUUUUAAAAAGAGGCCCCAGAAUGAAGGAUGGAGAGACGAUAGCAUCUGAAAAAGUCAAUGCUACCCGAGAGGCUGUCUUUGACAUAUCUGGUGGUCGCCGAGCCUUCAUUGAUGAAGAGGAGGCCGAGGAGCUUUUGAAACAACUAAGAGAACGUGGAAGUGCAUAUACCAAGGUAUGCUUCAGCAAUAGAAGCUUCGGUUUAGAAGCAGCCCGUGUUGCCAAGCCUAUCUUGUUAUCCAUUAAAGAUCAUUUGAAAGAACUGGACCUGUCAGAUUUUAUUGCUGGAAGGCCAGAGGCAGAAGCUCUUGAAGUCAUGAAUAUAUUUUCUGCAGCCCUGGAAGGAUGUGUUUUGAGGCAUUUGAAUCUUUCAAACAAUGCUUUGGGUGAGAAGGGUGUUAGGGCAUUUGGUUCACUUUUGAGAUCACAGAAUAAUUUGGAGGAGCUUUAUUUGAUGAAUGAUGGUAUCUCAGAAGAAGCUGCGAGAGCAGUUUCUGAAUUAGUCCCAUCGACAGAGAAGCUUAGGGUUCUUCAUUUUCACAAUAAUAUGACAGGAGAUGAAGGGGCAAUUGCGAUUGCUGAGAUGCUGAAACGUUCACCUGUUUUGGAGGAUUUCCGAUGCUCGUCUACAAGAGUGGCCUCUGAAGGGGGUGUGGCCCUAGCUGAAGCACUUGGGAACUGUACCAAUUUGAAGAAGAUUGAUCUACGCGACAAUAUGUUUGGUGUAGAAGCUGGAUUAGCAUUAAGUAAAGCUAUACUUGCCUUUUCAGAUCUUACGGAGAUUUACCUAAGUUAUCUCAACUUAGAGGAUGAGGGUGCAGAAGCCCUUGCCAUUGCUCUCAAGGAUUCUGCGCCUUCACUUGGAGUUUUGGAAAUAGCUGGAAAUGACAUUACAAAGAAAUCAGCUUCUGCUUUGGCAACAUGUAUAGCUGCAAAACAAUUCCUUACCAAGUUAAACUUGGCUGAGAACGAGCUUAAAGACGAAGGUGCUAUUUUAAUUGGGAAAGCAUUAGAAGACGGUCAUGGCAAGUUGAAUGAGGUUGAUAUGAGCACUAAUAUGAUUAGAAGAGCUGGAGCAAGGCUUUUGGCUCAAAUUGUUGCCCGUAAACCUGGGUUUAAGCUGCUAAAUAUUAACGGUAACUACAUAUCCGAUGAAGGGAUCGACGAGGUAAAGGAUUUCUUUAAGAAUUCGCCUAAUGUUCUUGGGCCAUUGGAUGAGAAUGACCCAGAAGGAGAGGAGGACGAUGAAGAGGAGGAUGCUGAUAACGAGGAUGAAUUGGAAUCAAGACUUAAGGGCCUAGAGAUCAAGCAAGACGAGUAGUGUAAUCAACCAUUCUAUUUUAGAUUAAGGUUUGUACGAGAACAUUUAUGUUUAGCAGAGUCCUGUUGUAGGCUCUAAUGUACUUUUUAUCUUUGGUUGCUGGUUUUAGCUAUCUUGUUUUCAGCUAAUGUAUGCUCGUCAUUGGCUGUAAAAUAAGACUUUUAAGUUGUAAUUGUUGACAGCCAUGUUCCCAAACUCAGAAAGUGACUUAUGUUCAGUUCACUAAAGUAGAUUUUUUAGGCUACCUAUCCCAGAUGUGCCAGUGUUACUAGGAAAUUAUGAGCUUCAAAUCCUUGCAAAGGAAAAUGGUGUUUGUUUUGCAGACAUUAUGCAGAAAGUAUAAAAUACGUUUUC